AUGGCCGAUAUUUAUUUUGGUACACCUGGGGCUAUAGACUGUCUCAUUGGAGCUGAUGCCUGGGGUAGAAUCGUGGAGGGUGACAUCAUCGGUGGCAGACCAGAUGAACCUUAUGCUCAACGCACUCGCCUUGGUUGGGUAGUUUUUGGUCCAGCGUCAGAAGUUUCGUCGAAGGAGAACUCAUCUCUCGUGCUCAGCGCAAAGCUAGUCGAGGAUGAUUUGUUGCUGGAAGAAUUAGUUCACAAUUUUUGGAAGCUUCAGGAGGUCCCCGUGUGUGCAUCAGACGAUGAUGAUGAAUGUGAUCGAAUAUUUGCAGCCACACACUCCCGUACUAGUAAUGGACGUUACGUGGUGCAGCUGCCGUUCCGCCGCGAUGCACCGAGACUUGGCGAAUCAUAUGCGCACGCUCUUCGCCUAUUUCAACGCCUAGAAAGACGUCUCGUUGGUGACUCUGAGCUUAAAGAUAAUUACAUUAAGUUCAUGCGUGAGUACGUAAGUCUUGGCCAUAUGGAACCCGUAAAUAACGUAGGUGAUCACACCAACGGCUACUACAUUCCCCACCACGCUGUAACCACCAAAUUUAGAGUGGUGUUCAAUGCAUCGGCACCAACUAGUACUGGCGUGUCACUAAAUGAGGUGCAAAUAGUGGGCCCGACCAUCCAAGACUCGCUCAUCAAUAUAAUUUUACGUUUCCGACGCUAUAGGGUGGCCCUAACAGCCGACAUUGAGAAAAUGUUCCGGCAGGUACUCGUUGCCCCCAAACACCGAGACUUCCAACGGAUCCUUUGGCGCGAGUCACCCUCGGAUGAACUCAAGGUGUAUCGACUAACAACGGUUACGUAUGGUAUGGCGUGCAGCCCGUAUAAUACCAUACGUGCACUCCAACAAUGUGCACGCGACAAUCACAACGUAAUAUCGGACCACCGGCAAGCCGCGAAAGCGCGCGAUACCAUUUUAACGUCAUUUUCCGUUGACGAUUUUUUGACCAGUUGUGAGAACGCAAAGGACGCUAAGGUCUUAGCUCACAAUGUUGAUGAAAUUCUCUCCGCUGGGAAAUUUACAUUGAGGAAAUGGAACUCCAAUGAUGCUGAGGUAAUGGAAUACUUGACCGGUAACAUUUCUUCCUGCGCUGGCUUAGAAAUAAACCCUCCUACGGCUGCCGUACUUGGAUUACGGUGGGAUGCUGCCGCUGACCAGUUCUUCUUCCAGGUGGUUCUCAAGCAAGCAGGUCCUACACCAACUAAACGACGGGUUCUCAGCGAAGUUGCUCAGCUUUUUGAUCCCACGGGCUUUUUUGGCACCGGUGGUGGUCCAGGGUAA